UCCAGCACUUGGUCACACUGGCGUCUGUGUGCAUGGGGAAUAAGAACAAAAAGAUUAGAUUCGUCUAAGCUAACAAAUUUGCUUUGACUAGUAUAUCUGCAGGGACAUGGAUAACUUCGGGCUUGGAGGAGUAGAGCUAAGCAAGGGCCAGAUAUUCCAGGUACUUGUUCGCCUGUCUGUGGCCUCACUGAUCACAUACUAUUCGGUAAAAUGGAUGAUGAACCAGAUGGACCCGACUAGCAAAAACAAGAAAAAAGCCAAAAUUCUGGCCGAAGAGCAGUUGAAGAGGCUGGCCGAGCAGGAGGGCUUUAAACUAAACGCGCAAGAAUUUAACGACUACGAACUUAUGAUUGCGUCACAUCUUGUUGUUCCCGCCGACAUAACAGUCAGUUGGUCCGAUAUCGCCGGUCUGGAUGCAGUCAUUCAGGAGCUCCGGGAAUCAGUGGUGCUGCCGGUCCAGCACAAGGAUCUCUUUAAGCAUUCGAAGCUGUGGCAGGCGCCCAAAGGCGUCCUGCUCCAUGGGCCACCGGGCUGUGGAAAGACGCUGAUAGCGAAGGCGACGGCAAAGGAGGCGGGAAUGCGCUUUAUCAAUUUGGACGUUGCCAUUCUCACCGAUAAGUGGUACGGGGAAUCCCAGAAAUUGACUUCCGCCGUCUUUUCGCUGGCAUCGAGAAUCGAGCCAUGCAUUAUUUUUAUUGACGAAAUUGACUCAUUCCUACGAUCGCGAAACACGAACGACCACGAGGCUACCGCCAUGAUGAAGACCCAGUUCAUGAUGCUGUGGGAUGGCCUCAGCACGAACACUAACUCGACGGUGAUUGUAAUGGGAGCCACGAACAGACCGCAGGAUCUAGACAAGGCCAUUGUCCGCCGUAUGCCAGCCCAAUUUCACAUUGGCCUACCUUCCGAGACUCAACGAAAAGACAUCCUAAAGUUGAUCCUGCAAUCGGAGGAGAUAAGUCGGGAUGUCGACUUGAAUCGCUUGUCCAAGCUCACAAAUGGCUUCUCGGGCUCAGACCUUCGAGAAAUGUGCCGAAAUGCUUCAGUUUACAGGAUGAGGCAGCUCAUCACUUCCAGUGAUCCAUCUGCUGCAGCGCUUGAUCGUAAUAACAUCUGCAUCACCAUGGACGAUUUGCUAGGCUCGCACUUAAAAAUUAAGGAAUCAAAAAUGCACACGGGAAGCCUAUUCUUAGAGAAUAGGAUCGAGUUAGACUAAGCUCACCAUUGUUAAUGCAAUCACUCGAUAUAUCCAACUUAAAUUUGUAUAAUAAACUUUUUAGUUGUCUUUCGACAGGA